AUUGCUGGCGCUCAACACCUCCUCCGUGCUGCUGCUUCUCGCUCGCCAGUCAUUGGCCGUGCUCUGGUUUCUCUUCUUUCCAGGGCUCUGAACCCCUUUCUUAUCCACUUCACUUCCUUCCCUUGAGGGGAGGUGGUCAAGAUUUUUGCGCGCACCUGGAAGCUCUUCAACCGGAGUCCUCAAGCACUCCAGCGUCGCUCCUUUUCAUCAUCGCCGCAAAGUCCACCUUCUCCCCAUGCUCCUAAGACCAGGCUAUCCCUAGGCGACCGUCCUCGUUCAAUCUCAGCCGAUUUCGACAGACUCAGAAUGGCUUUUAACUUUGGAGCAUCCAACCCCGCUGGGGGUAGCGCUGAACUGGGACCCGAGCUCCCCGACGUCUAUGCAGAGGAAGUCGGGUUCAAAGGCGUGUCAGGCGAUAGCAAUGUCCGAUUACUCAACACUCCCUGGCCCGAAGAUGCUCUUCCUAACCCGACAAGCUCCCUCCUCGCUGUCGCACCAACGAAAGGCGUCGUUGUCGGCGCUGGCCCAGACGCCCUCUACGUCGCUUCCUCCUCCGCUAUCAGGACAGCCAUAUCUGCACCCACUGGAGAGGAUAAGGUCAAAACCAAGCCAUUCCAGGUGCAAGCGACAGUUCCUAUUCCUACGAGACCAACACAUAUCACGUUUGCCUCCGGUGAUAGCGCCCUCGUGCUGGCCACAGAGAAUGGAACCCAGCUUUCGGUUUUCGAGACUGCCAGUCUUUUGCAAGGAAAUGCGCAACCGGCGUUAUCGAUUCCGACGAACGGCACCACUUUCCGCUUCCUUGCCCCCAAUCCUGCGCAACCCGAAGAGUCCCACUCAUCCCUUUUGGCGCUUGUGACGACGGGAGGCGACCUUCUCAUAGCCGAUCUCAAGGCCGGAAAUCUACUUUCGGGCCCGAAUGGCCAGGUGCUGAAGUCUGGGGUUAGCACGGUUUGCUGGAGUAACAAAGGCAAGCAGCUCGUAGCGGGACUCGCAGAUGGCACUGGGUACCAGAUGACCCCAGAGGGAGCCCAGAAAGAUAUCAUUCCGCGUCCGUCAGAUCUGGAGGAUAACCAUCAUGUGUCCUCUAUUGCUUGGCUUGAAAACGACGUCUUUUUAAUGGUCUAUACAUCGAACGCCGCCGAGGACGAUAUGGGUCAGACGCCAUCUUCGCCUUACUACGUCAUAACCAGAAGAAAGCAGGCGCCUUUCCUGAUCCAGAAGUUGCCCGAGUUAUGUAUGCCCUUUGGUGUCAAGCGCGCCCCUGCCUACCAGUUCAUCGCACGUCUCCGAGACUACAAACCGCAUUUGAAGGAUGUCCUUAUCGUGUCUUCAACUGCCUCCACCGAUGUAGGUCUGAUCACCAGGGCGGAUCAGCCGUUGGCUAGCGAUGAUGCUGCCAAGGCCACCACCGGGCUCUUUGUUACGACGGAAGUGAACGAUGACACAAAGAGAGCGUCGCUUCCGCUCAAGGAAUCUACCGAGGAGACCUCUGUGAUCGGGCUGGGUGUUGACCUAUCGAGCACGGAAAAUGUUGUAGCCCCGAUCGCUGGUGAAGAUAUUGCUGAGAGUUCUACUCCGCUGCCAAACCUGCUGCUCCUCAAUCACGAAGGUAUCCUUUCUUCCUGGUGGUUCGUAUAUGCAGAUUCGAUUCGCCAGAAAAUCCCUUACCACGGCAUGGCGUCUGAGGGUCAACAGCAGCAGCCGGUGCAGCCGGUGCAGGCAGCGCAGCCAGUGCAGCCAACGCAGCAAGCACAGAUUCAACCCCCCAAGCAGCCGGCGUUCGGGCAGUCGUCUUUCGGCAGUCCGUCUCUAGGAGCAUCCCCAUUUGGUAAACCAUCCGCUGCACCGGCCUUUGGCAGUCCCUCCACGUUGGGCGCUCGCCAGCAACCGUCCUUCGGAACACCAUCAUUUGGAGCUCCCUCCUUCGGCACUCCAUCACAGCCGGGGGCUUCCUUCAGCACUGCUUCGCCUCAGUUUGGCAGAUCUGGCUUUGGAGCUGUGGGCGCCGCGUCCACCUUUGGCCAGCCAUCCACACCAGGCAAGAGUCUCGGAUUUGCAGCGUCAAGCACUGGUGCAGGAGGUGGUUUUGGCUCUUUCGCAAAUUCCGGGGGAUUCGGUGGGCUUGCGACGUCAAAGCCCGCCGGAGAGUCACCCUUUGCGGCAGUGUCAGGUGCAAGCCCUUUCGCAAAAUCAUCUGUGCCAUCGCCGUUCGGUAACAAAACUGAUACUGACACGGCAUUCCCUCCCCCCAAGUCGGACGAGCCAAAGAGUCUUUUCGGACAAAGCUCUGGUGGAUUCGUCCUAGGAUCUUCAUUCAAGGGUGACGGCACUGCCGUAAAUGAUGGCCCCAAGCCAGAUAAGCCGUCUGGACUGUUCUCAUUCGGUCCAUCCAUGGAUGAGCUGGUAUCGAGCGACAAGAGUAGUCCGCCAACCGAGUCCAUGGAUGAUAUGGAAGAUGAACCUGCCGCCCCAGCCAAGCCUGAACCCAAGGAGCCGACGUCCGUAUUCGGGGCACCGUCCAAGAUCGAGACUUCCGCACCUUCCUCGCUGUUCGGCUCUAAACCAGCACCUCCCAAUCCUUUCGGUCAGCCGGCAAAUCCCUUCGGCCAGAACCAGGCUACCAAAUCUCCUUUUACACUUUUCGGAAAUACCACAACAAAGACAACCGCGAGUCCGCUGUCCCCUCCUUCUGAGAAGACAACGGUUGCUACAACCCCCCUGACAAAGACGCCAUCGGAGGAUGCGCAUCGCACUCCCCUCGCCUCGAGUAUGCAAACUCCUCUACCUCCUGACUCUACCAGCAAGACUUCUUACGGACCGGGCGAUACUUCUGCCUCCUCAAAUGUUUCCAAGAGCUCCGUCGAUGACGCCCCCCUUCCGCCUGACUUUACUGUCAAGGCGAAACCUGCUCCAGCCGAUGUCGGAGGAGAACCACCUCUACCCCCCGACUUCACGGCGAAACUCCCCGAAGAAGAGGAAGAAAUAGACGAGGCGGAUGCCGAAGAGGCGCCAUUGCCUCCAGACCCGAGUGUGCGGAAGCCUUCAGCAACGCCCAAGGAGGAGCCCGGUCCAGUGCUGGAACAUUCCGAUGCCGAUGAGUCUGAAAGAGAGAGUGAGGAAGGAGACGAGGAAGAGGAGGAGGGUGACGAGGUGGGAGAUGAAGAGGAUGAAUCCGACUUUGAGGAUAGUGGUGAGGACGUCUCACAGGAUAUUAGCGAAGCCGAGUCUCCCGAAGAAAGUCCGAAGGCAACCCCCGAGGGUUCUUUCGAAUUCGGCGUAGGUACUAAAGGUAGCCUAUUCUCGCAAACUGCUAAACCCGGACCGACUCAACCCCAGGCUCAGCGAACGCUGUUCGGGGAGAUAGGGAAACCUGUUUUCCCGGCGUUCCAGAACAGGGAGCCUCCCAGGUCGCCCAGCCCCGUCCGGGCCGGCCCUCAGAAGAGUCUUUUCAAGCGCUCAAGCCAGAAGCCUGUUGUUUCCAAGAGCCCAGGAAGCACUCUUGCCGCGAGAAAGGCCUCACUGACGGAGUCUGCCAGGCGUGAGAGUCUUUUGAGACCGCAGCCCAAGAAGACGGAGCCCCAGGUGGACCUGGAAGCGAAGCAGAUAGAAGAGGAGGCGCAGGCCCUUUCGGAUGAUGAUGAGGAUGAGAGGCUGCGUGCGGACCUUGCACGACCCCUGGAGCCAGUUCCAACUCUUGACCCGUUCCUGCCUCACCAGGACUAUGCUGGGGAGACCAGUAAACCGGGUAUCCCUGGACAGAUUGAGCGGUUAUACCGCGACAUCAACUCCAUGGUCGACACUCUGGGCAUCAAUUCAAGGUCGUUGGCUUCGUUCCUUCUGUACCAGAAACAGUCACCCAAUGCGAACUGGGUUGGUAUGUUGAAGGAGGAGCACCCGGCCAAUAUCCUGGAUGAGAAGCUGCUCCUCUGCGAGAUCGAGAAACUCGACGAUGCUGUUGUCAUGCUUGCUGGCUCUCUUGAGGAACAGCGGGUGCAAGGAGUCGAGGAGAAGCUGGAAAGCUGCCGCGACCUCCUGAGUAAAGACAUUCUGACGCUUCGAGCCCAAUGUGCUAGCAUUCGCAAGACUCUGGACGCCCACACAGAAGCGGCUGCCAUUAUUUCCGCGCCUCUUUCUGCGGAGCAAGUGAACCUGCAACAAGAUCUCCGCUCGGCAUCUACUGAUAUCCAGGCUAAGCUGGCGGAUCUUGAGUCAGCGGUCUCCCUUUUGCGGGCCAAAAUCGCCGACGCCCCUCGCCCGGAUGGCGCUGGUGCUCGACAGGCUACCAGACGGCCGACGGUGGAGGCUGUUACGUCUACAAUUGCUACUAUGAUGAACAUGGCGGAAAGUAAACGCAGCGACAUUGAUGUCUUGGAAGUGCAGCUCAAGAAACUGGGAAUCGACACGUCGGCUCCGGCGGCCAGCCGGGAGGGCUCGCCCUUCACCACCCCUCGGAAGGGAGUCGCCAGAUUCCCGACAACGCCGGGAUCUGAUGGUCCUACCAGCGCAUACCACACCCCUGACUCGGCUGCGCGGGGCCUUAACUUCCGGUCCAGCAUCAACGGAUCGGCGCGGGCGAGCCGGCUGCGCAGUGUCGAAGGGGUUGGUGAGCUCGUCAGCAAGGAGGAAACUGCGCAAUGGAAGACGAAAAAGCAGCGGCGGCAGCACAUGGUGAGCAGUCUGAUGAAGGCCAUUGGGGACAAUAAGUGCAAGGUGCGGGGGGUGGACGAUCUGUAGGAUUAGAGAUGACAGUCUGUUCUCAUUAUUUUGACACGACCACGAAAACAGCAGGGACCGGCGUGGUGCAGGCAUUGGAUGUUGGUAGCGUUUGUACAUAGAUCCGAUUCAUUUAAUAACGAUGUACCAGUGUUUCGACUGUGUUCUGCCUGAGGCAGCACUGACAUCAUCCGUGACACAACC